GAGUUCCGCGCGGGCCUGGUUAACAGCUGGAUGAGUAUCUUGGAAGUGCGCGUAAUUCCGUUCACUCACGGCCUCAAUAUCACGCACAUGCUCGUCGAUUCCGCCACGGUGUCGGAGUGGACGCUGCAGGGGCUGCCCAACGACGAGCUGUCGGUGCAGAACGCGCUCAUCGUGACCAAGUCGUCGUCGUACCCGCUGCUGGUGGACCCGCAGAGCCAGGGCAAGCUCUGGAUCAAGCACAAGGAGGCCGGCAACGAGCUGCAGAUCACGUCGCUGCACCACAAGUACUUCCGCACGCACCUGGAGGACGCGCUCUCGCUGGGGCGGCCGCUGCUCAUCGAGGACGUGGGCGAGGAGCUGGACCCGGUCAUCGACAACGUGCUCGAGAAGAACUUCAUCAAGUCGGGCUCCAUCGAGAAGGUGGUUGUCGGCGACAAGGAGUGUGAUGUAAUGCCUGGAUUUCUUCUCUACAUCACCACCAAAUUGCCCAAUCCUGCCUAUUCACCAGAAAUCUCUGCGAAGACUUCAAUUAUCGACUUUACUGUCACCAUGCAAGGUCUUGAAGACCAACUGCUCGGGCGCGUGAUCCUGAUGGAGAAGUCGGACCUGGAGGCGGAGCGCGUGGCGCUGUUCGAGUCAGGGUCGCUGGUGGACGACGAGGCGCUGAUCCAGGUGCUGCAGGAGACGAAGACGACGGCGGAGGAGGUGAACCAGAAGCUGAAGGUGGCGGCGCACACGGAGCGCAAGAUCACGGUGGCGCGCGAGGAGUUCCGCGCGGUGGCGUCGCGCGGCUCGCUGCUCUACUUCCUCAUCGUCGAGAUGAGCAACGUGAACGCCAUGUACCAGAACUCGCUCAAGCAGUUCCUCAACAUCUUCGACAACUCCAUCACCAAGUCCACCAAGAGCAGCGUGACGGAGGAGCGCAUCACCAACAUCCUGGACUACCUCACCGCCGAGGUGUGGAACUUCACCCUGCGCAGCCUGUACGAGCGCCACAAGCAGCUCUUCACGCUGAUGCUCGCCAUGAAGAUCGACUGCCACAAGGGCAUCAUCUCCCACGACGAGUUCAACGCCUUCAUCAAAGGUGGGGCUUCGCUAGAUCUGAAUGCGGUGCAGCCUAAGCCUUUCCGUUGGAUCCUCGACAUUACGUGGCUCAACUUGGUGGAGAUUAGUAAACUAAAUGUAUUCUCAGACAUUCUAGUCCAGAUCGAGGACCACGAGCGCGAGUGGCGCGUGUGGUACGAGAAGGAGCGGCCCGAGGCGGAGGAC